GGAGCAUGCGCAACACGAGGGAUGGCGAUGGGGAGAGAUACUUCUUCUCAUCUGCAGCCGGAUAUUAGAAUGGGAGGACUUGCAGAGAGAACUUUCAAAUCAAACAUCCUCAAGAUCUGACAGUCACUCGGUUCAUCAGGACCUGAAUAUCAUUGGCCAUUGAAUGUGGAAGGAGAAAUGUUUGUCUGUUCUGUCUGUCGGAAAAGACUUCAACCAUCAGCGUGACUGGAAAAGUACCAAGACACACACACAUCCGCGUGAGUGUCCAAGUGCACAGACCAUGGAAAGAGCUUUGACCAGCUCCACAGCCUGAAAAAAAAAUCACACCAUUCACAGCGGGGAGAAAACGUGCACGUGUUCUAUGUGUGGACGAGGCUUCCAUUGAUCAUUCAACCUAGAGAGACACGAGGACACUGGCACCAUGGAGAAACCGUGGAAAUGUGGCGACUGUGGGAAGGGCUUCAGAUCCCCAUCCGUGCUGGAAAUUCAUCGACGCAGUCACACCGGGGAGAGACCGUUCACCUGCUCUGUAUGUGGGAAGGGAUUCACUCAGUCAUCCAGCUUACAAAAACACCAGAGAACUCACACUGGGGAGAAACCAUUCACCUGCUCCGAGUGUGGGAAGGGAUUCAGUCAAGUAACUGACCUCACAUCACACCAUCUUAUUCAUUCUGACGUGAGACCUUUCAAAUGUGCUGACUGUGAGAAGAGUUUUAAAAGCAAAAAGGUUUUGCUGAUGCACCAACAAAUUCACACCAAGGAGAGGCCAUUCACCUGCUCCGUGUGUGGGAAGGGAUUCACUCAGUCAUCCAGCCUGCUGAAACACCAGAGAACUCAUACUGGGGAGAGACCAUUCGCCUGCUCUGAGUGUGGGAAAGGAUUCACCAUUUCAGCCCACCUGCUGAGACACCGGCGAGUUCACUCUGACAGGAGACCUUUUAAAUGUUCCGACUGUGGGAAGAGCUUUAAAGGCAAGUUGGAUCUGCAGAUUCACCAGCGCACUCACACUGGAGAUAGGCCAUUCACCUGCUCCGCCUGUGGGAAGGGAUUCACUCAGUCAUCUACCCUGCUGAAUCACCAGCGAAUUCACACUGGGGAGAGGCCAUUCACCUGCUCCGUGUGUGCAAAGGGAUUCACUCAGUCAUCCAGCCUGCUGAAACACCGGAGAACUCAUAAUGGGGAGAGACCAUUCGCCUGCUCUGAGUGUGGGAAAGGAUUCACCAUUUCAGCCCACCUGCUGAGACACCAGCGAGUUCACUCUGACACGAGACCUUUUAAAUGUUCCGACUGUGGGAAGAGCUUUAAAGGCAAGUUGGAUCUGCAGAUUCACCAGCGCACUCACACUGGAGAUAGGCCAUUCACCUGCUCCGCCUGUGGGAAGGGAUUCACUCAGUCAUCUACCCUGCUGAAUCACCAGCGAAUUCACACUGGGGAGAGACCAUUCACCUGCUCCGUUUGUGGGAAGGGAUUUACUCAGUCAUUCAACCUGCUGACACAUCAACGAAUUCACACUGGAGAGAGGCCGUUCACCUGCUCCAAGUGCGGGAAAGGAUUCACUCGCUCAUCCCACCUGCUGACACACCAGCAAAUUCACACUGAGGAGAGACCAUUCAUCUGCCCUGUAUGUGGGAAGGGAUUCGCUCAGACAACCUGCCUCAUAUCACACCAGCGAAUUCACACCGAGGAGAGGCCAUUCAGCUGCACUUCCUGUGGAAAGAGUUUCAAGCAUUCUUCCACCCUCAUUGCACACCAGCGAGUUCACACUGGUGAGAGGCCGUUUACCUGCUGUGUGUGUGGGAAGGGAUUCACUCAGUCAGCCAGCCUCAAGUUACACCAGAGAAUCCACUCUGAGGAGAGACCAUUCAGUUGCAAUUCCUGUGGAAAGAGACUCAAAUCUCAAUCUAAUCUCAGGGCACACCAGCGAGUUCACACUGAGGAGAGACCAUUCACCUGCUCUGACUGUGGGAAGGGAUUCAACCAGUCAUCCAACCUGCUGAGACACCAGCGAGGUCACACUGAGGAGAAGCCAUUCAGCUGCAUUUCCAGUGGAAAGAGGUGCAGGAAGUUAUCCAUGUUCAGUGCACACCAACAAGUUCACACUGGAAGAGACCAAUCACCUACUCAGUGUGUGGGAAGGGAUUCACUCAGUAAUGAUAUCUGCUGAGACAGCAGCAAAUUUAUAAGUGACUGCAGGGGUUGUAUUCUGCUGUUAUUGCUGCUGUUAAUCACAUCCAGGACUGAUAGUCUGACAACAUUUGAUUUAUUUCUGCUAUUGUUAACGAUCCCUAUAACUGGCUGGAGUUUAAUAUUCUGAAGAAGACAGGAAGAUGGUGAGCAAAUAAAUAUUAGAUCAGCCAACUUCAGGCAAUCAAAACUGUCGAUGAUAACAGAAGUCUCCAUGCAAUGUAUGAUGGGAUUAAGAGGGCGCUUGGUCCGACCAUCACCAGUGUUGCCCCCCUGAAGUUUGCAGAUGGUGAAGUACUCUCUGACAGAAGUAAACAGAUGUCACACUGCUGUACUCCUAUGGGACGGACAUCUCCCAGUCUUGUUUCAUGCUCUCCUGCAGCUUUCUGCCAUGGCUGAGUUUGAUGAGGAACCCUCAUCAUUUCAGCUCAAAGUCCAUUGAUUGCUUAGCGUGCAGAAAGGCACCCGGCCAGGAUGGAUUUCCAGCUGUGCUGCUCAAACCUGGAAAGUCCCAUCUACUGCCACAACCUCGUGCCCUUCUCUGUUAGGAGGUGGGAUCUGUUCCACAGGAGAUGCGUGACACAACAAUCAUCACAAUAAACAAAAACAAAGGUGACAGAGGAGAUUGAAACAACUACGGGGACAUCUCACUUCCCAGUGUCACUGGGAUCAUGCUUAAAAGACUUCAGAAACUUGCAGACUGAAUGUGUCCAGAAGCACAGUGUGGUUUCUGUGCUGGCAGAUCUACAGUGGACAUGAUCUUUUCCAUACGUCAGCUACAAGAGAAGUGUAUGAUUGGUAUUUAAUCUAAAAUGCUGCCAGCUUCUGUGCUGUGAAAAGUGAAACAUUUUAACUACUGAGUGAAAAUAAAUCUUUUAACUAUGAAUUACAAUGUAUUUGUACAAUUGUAAACAGUACUGGAAGGUUUGAUUCCCUGAAGAAAAGCUUCAGUCUUGAGUUUAUGAUCCUAUCUCAGAAACUGUGGGAAGCUCCACCCUCUUUAUCUCUUUUGGGUCUGUUAUGAAAGUCAGACUUACCUUGGAGUUGGGAGCUGGGGCCAGGAACUCCAAGUCCCAACAGGCAUCAGAGUGUCCGCACAUGUGCAGGCUGGGAGUGCGCUGCACAUGCGCAGUUUGGCAUUUUGAGUUCUUUGGGCCAAGGACCGGCCCAGUGCACCUGUGCAUAAAGGAAUAAGGUGCGAAAACCCAUGUCAUGUGAAUGGGAGUGGAGACCAUUGAUGACAAGUGCCCUGGCAGGGGAGAGGGAGAGGUCCCAGUUAAGAUAGAAAGAGAAGAGCAGAGAAAGAGACACCAAAUAGGAAAAGGGCUGAAGUUAGGAGACAUUAAUGAAGAGUGCUCAGGAGAAGCCCUGAAUAUCCAAGAAGACAGUAGAAGGUUGGUGACUCUUUGCUGCUGGCCUUGGAGCAGUAGUGUUCUCUCAUCACAGCCAAAGAGCUGUAGUGCUUAUGAGUUGGUGCUUGAGUGAGGACUCUGGAAUCCAAGGGAAAAGAAUCUUGGCAGAUGAUAUUGAAACCAUGAGAGGUUGCCAUUGAUGCUGUCCGAGUUGGAGUGACUUGUGGAGAGAAUUCCAUAAUGAGAUCUUUGAAGACAAAGACAGCAGUGAGAGAGACAGAAUUUCAAUGAGAUUGGUUGACUUAAGAGUGUUUACUGACAUCUGGAUGCAUAUUGAGAAAUUGGUGGACUCUGUUUUGGUCACAUUUUCCAUUUAUUAUGUAGGGUGGUGUGUUCGACCACCAUUUGCCUGUUAAUUCACAUGUACCUCAUAUUAACUCUGACUGUUAAAGUACAAAAUAGGUUGUUCUGAAAGUGUAUUUUUGUGUGUUCAAAACCCAUGGAAUCUUAUGGAUUUAUUCUCUGACAACUGUCUUGAAUAUCAAACCUUGUCCACUUUAAACAAAACAUUAUUUCUCUCUAACUGGAUCUUGCCAACAACUUGGGUUUCUGGUGUGUAGGAUCAUAACAGAUCUAAGAAGGUUGAAGCUUCUCCUUUUCUGUGAAUGCUAACUUUUUUAGUUUUAUUUUUCUUUAGUUUCAUUACCAUUUGAAAAGGUGUCUG